CCCCCCCCUCUCUCUCUCUCCGUUCGUCUCCUCCAGGGAAAGCAACUUUGUUAUGGACAACAGUGACCUCGAAUCCGGUUCAGGUUCAGGUAUGAAGAAGAAACAAAAGCUUAACGAUCCUGUGGAUGAUAAGCACGAGGCCGUGGUUGAUUCUUCUCCACAGGAAGAAGAAGAAGAAGAAGAAGAUGAGGAGGUAGUGGAGAAGCAUCGUUAUAGAUCUAUGGCCAAGGUUGCCAUCGGUAACUUGAUCAAUCCCACCCUUGAGAACUCUACCAUCACCGAUAUGGUACACAUCGUCUGCCCCACUUUCUCCCUCGACACUUCUAAACUCCAGAACGCGAUCCUCGAACUGUACCGAGAAGGCAAAGAGAAAAUCAAGAAACUGUUGAAAGACGCAGGAGGGAAACUAACUCUCUCUUGCGAGUGGAAGGUUCUUGGUGACUGGAAAUGGACUAGCGAAGACAUCGUCGGUCCGAUUCUCCACCAGGAUUUUAUGGUCAUCAGCGUCUACUUCGCCAACGAGGAUUUCAAGAUGAGGAAAUGGAUCUUGGCUUACCAUCCUCAUUCUCCUCAGGAUAUGAAAGCGAAAGACGUUUAUCUUGAUUCGUUCAAGAACGUUGUUAAGGAUUACGAGAUUGAGAGCAAGGUGUCAACGCUUCUUGUACCUAACAAUGUUGAUCUUGGUUUGGAUGGUUGGAUAGAAGAGAGAGGGGAGAGUCAGAUUAACACUAACGUGUUCCUCAUCUACUGCUGCUCGGAUGUUUUCCGGUUGAUGGCUGACGACUUGUAUAAGGACAUACGCAUGUCGUGGCUGAUGGACCUUGUCCGGAUCUUGCUUGGUUGGGAGAGUGAUGGAAGAUUGUAUCCUACCCAUUGGACUCACACGUUGCAUAAACUGCAAACAGCUGUAGAUAUGGAAGCCAAAGAUGUGUUUGAAGAUGACAAGUAUGAUUACUACGAUUAUCCUUCUGAUGAAGAGUGGGUGAGGAUUAGAACCUUUUGCAAACUCGCUGGUUGUAUUUAUAAAGUGGGGAAAGAGCUUUUUGAUGGGGAGUAUCCUACGGCUAACGUCUACUUCCAUCUUCUUGUGGAGCUAAAAGUCAUGCUGAAAGAUGAGAUCAAGAAUGGAGAUGGUGAGUAUUUCCUCAGCAAAGGUAUGGAGAUUUUGGAGAGGUUUGAUAAGUAUUGGAGUGACAUGUUUCUUGUGUUGGCUACUGCUUCUGUGUUGGACCCUCGUUUCAAGAUGAAGUAUCUAGACUUUUACUGCUCGAAGAAUAGUGAUGAUGAAGGUUCAAAAGCUAAGACUGUUUUGGACUACUUACGGAAUCUGUAUUCUCGCUACGCAGCAAGCGAUAUAAGUCCACUACCGGAACGUGCUGUUGAGCCAACUCCCCGGUGUAUUUUCUAUAUGUUCGAAGACGAGGUAGAAGAAGAAGAAGAAGAAGAGAAGAAGCCUAACGGUUAUGGGGAGUUUGCCUUCUUUCAAGAGUAUCUCAAGUCUGAAGGAUGUUCAAGAGAGUUUCCUGAGUCGUCAGAGCUUGACUCCUAUUUCAAAGAGCCUGUUUUGGAGUGGAGCAAAGACUUGGAUGCAUUGGAUUGGUGGAGGAAAGAGAGCUCAAAGUACCCGAUCCUCUCCAGAGUAGCUCGUGACGUUCUAUCUAUUCCAGUCUCCCGUGGCACGUCGAACCGUGCGUAUGUUGCUGACAAAAGAGAGUGUCCUGAGUUUAUUGUCGCAUUGGAGGGAGAACUUCUGAACGCCAUGAUGUGCGGCGAGAGCUGGCCAGCGACUCUGAUAUGGCCAAGUCGUUACUAAGAAACAUUAGAAUGCUAUAUUGUCUUCAUGAAAACUCAAUCACUCUUGUUUUAUUUUUCUUAACUAAAAGAACUCUUUGAUCAAAAAAAAAAAAAACUGAAAGAACUCCUAAAAGUGAAAAACUAAUAUUUUUAUAGAUUUUAUGAAAUUUGUUUUUCAUAUC